GGGUCACUGAGGACGAUCUUCACGAAAGAGGUCCACGCCUCGAACUUCUUCAGGCGCCGCAGCAGGAGGGCGGUCAAGUCGCCCGAUGAGCUCAACGCCGAGCAAAGGCAAGUUGUGGCCGCAGACAAGCGCAGGCGAGAGUUCCACGAGGAGAAGAGGAACGAGUUUGAGAGCUACGCAGAAGAGGUGGACGAUGGUGGGUUGAGUCUACCAGCUCAUCUUUAGCACAAUAACAACUCCACUCACCAGUGAUGGGAAGUAACAAAGUAACAAAUACUUGGGGACUGUACUUAAGUAGAAAAAAUGGUCCUCGGUCUCAUGUCAUCAUC